AUUUCUCUAUUUUAUCAUUUUCUUUGGUGCACUGUUAUCUCUCUCGUCUCGUUAAUAGCAAAAGAUAAACCUUCGCCUCUCCCUCUCUCAUUUUAUUUGCACGGCUCCAGAGGUAGGCCAUUGAGAGAAAAGUAAAGGUCGAAAACUCUCAAAACCCCUAUCCCAAACGGUGAAUCUGGGAAAACCCACUCAGCUCAUUUAGAUCCCUAUCAAAUCUGCAAAAAACAUACCAUGAUUUGAUCCCAAAACCCCACCCCAAACAAAUGGGUUUUGGUUUUUUUUCAAAACCCUUCUUCCUUUUCCUCUCAUUUCUUGUUUUCUUUACCAAUCUUGAACUUUACCCUCUUGUUGAAUCAGCCCCUGAUUACACAACUUUGGUCUACAAAGGUUGUGCUAAGCAGUCUUUCACAGAUCCAGCUGGGAUAUACUCCCAGGCCUUGUCUGCCUUGUUUCAGACCUUGCUUUCACAGUCCAUGAAGGUAAAGUUUUACAAGACAACAACGGGUACUGGCCAAACCACAAUCACUGGUCUUUUUCAAUGUAGGGGAGAUCUCAGUAACAGUGAUUGUUACAGCUGUGCCAGCAGGCUUCCAACUUUAGCCGACAAACUUUGUGGCAAAACUUUAGCUGCAAGAAUCCAACUUUAUGGUUGCUACAUGUUGUAUGAAGUUGCUGGGUUUGCUCAAAUCUCUGGCAUGGAGAUGUUGUUCAAGACUUGUGGUGCUACAAAUGUUGCCGGGACUGGGUUUGAAGAGAGGAGGGACACUGCCUUUUCAGUGUUGGAAAGUGGGGUGGUUAGCAACCAUGGUUUUUACACCACAAAUUACCAAUCUGUUUAUCUUUUGGGGCAAUGUGAAGGAGAUGUGGGGGAUUCAGAUUGUGGUGAGUGCGUAAAGAGUGCUGUUCAAAGAGCUCAAGUUGAGUGUGGGAGUUCCAUCUCAGGUCAAAUCUAUCUUCACAAAUGCUUUAUCAGUUACAACUAUUAUCCUAAUGGGGUCCCAAGAAGAUCAUCUUCUUCUUCAUAUCCACAUCCUUCUUCAUCUUCAUCAGGGCAAAAUACAGGGAAGACAGUGGCUAUAAUAUUAGGAGGGGCAGCAAGUGUUGGAUUCCUAGUCAUUUUGUUGAUGUUUGCAAGGGGUGUGAUGAAGAAAAAACAUGACGAUUACUGAAGGGUUCAGAGCUCAUUUAGAGGUGGGAUUCUUUCUAGUUGAAAAUUUCUUUCCUUGUUUAUCAUUUUGAAAUGGGUUUUUGACUUUUUGUUGUUGAAUGUAAUUUGGUGAAGAAAAAACCAGGCAUAUAUAUAUAUUUGAGGGUCUCACCAAUUAUAUCUAGCAGCAGUUCAAAUUUAAUUCUAGUGUAUGCAAAUUUUCUUUUUCUCCUUGAAAAUGUAAACAUGAAAUUUUUUUUCACAAAAUGUGAAAAAAGAGGUUAUAUAAUAUUAUAAGCGACUAUAAAAGAACUAUUGUUUUUUUUUUC